GUUUCUAGAUAAUAUAUACCGUAUAUACUCCCUAAUAUUAUGGCCUCUUCACUGGAAACAAAACCCCAAGCCAUAGUUCUUGACGAUGAAAGAAAGCAAGAAGAAGAAAGCUUUCAUUAUGCUGUGCAGCUGGUGGUUUCAUCUGCGCUGCCCAUGUCCAUGCAAUCAGCCAUUGAGCUCGGACUUUUUGAUAUCAUAGCCAGAGCAGGUUCGGGUGUGGGGCUCUCUGCAUCCCAGAUUGCUGCCCAGAUUGGCACCCAGAAUCCUGAGGCAGCCUUUAUGCUCGAUCGAAUCCUUAGGCUCCUCGCCACUCACUCUGUACUUGGUUGUUCUCUGGUUGAUGGCCAAAGGCUCUACAGGCUCUCCGCGGUGUCCAAGCACUUUGUGACUGAAGAUGGCGUUUCGUUGGGCUUCGUCAUGGCAUUGUUCCAAGACAAGGUCUUCAUAAACAGUUGGUCACAACUGAAAGACGCAGUUAUUGAAGGUGGAAUUCCAUUUGAGAGGUUCCAUGGCAUGCCUACCUUUGAGUAUUCAGGUUCGGACCAGAGGUUUAAUCAGGUCUUCAACACAGCAAUGUUCAACCACACCACUCUUGUUGUGAAGCGGAUUCUUGAUCUCUACAGCGGUUUUGAGCACCUUGGGGAGCUUGUUGAUGUUGGUGGUGGUUUGGGAGUAGCUCUCAGUCUAAUCACUUCCAGAUACCCUCAUAUUAAGGGAAUCAAUUAUGAUUUGCCGCAUGUUAUAAAAUAUGCUCACCCUUCUCCUGGUGUCGAACAUGUUGGAGGAGACAUGUUUGCCCAUGUUCCAAGUGGAGAUGCCAUUUUCUUAAAGGGCAUACUUCACGAUUGGACGGAUGAGGACUGCAUAAAGUUGUUGAAGAAUUGUUACAGUGCUACUCCAGACGAUGGAAAAGUAAUAGUUUUGGAGGCAGUUCUUCCAGUUUUGCCGGAAACAAGCACUACUGAGAAGAUCACCACCCAACUGGAUGUGCUUAUGAUGACUCAAUGCCCAGGAGGGAAGGAGAGGACCCAACAAGAAUUCAUGGACUUGGCAACUGGUGCUGGAUUCAGUGGCAUCAAAUAUGAAUGUUUCGUCGCUAAUAUAUGGGUCAUGGAGUUUAUUAAGUAGAGACAGGGCAAUGCUUUCAUUUGGUACAAUAAAAACACUCUAAGCUACUGAGGAUUAUAUAUAUGUUGCUCGUUGCUUAUCUUUUGAAAAGUAUGAUGCGUGUUAAUUUGCAAUGAAAAUGUGUGUGGGCAAAAGUAGGAAAUUUUUAGGCUGUUUUCAGGGAUGGAACCAGGACUGUAAAAGAAGGUGGGCUGAAUCAAACUAAGUUUUGUGUUUGAAGGAAAAAACAAAUUCACUAAUCUGUUUUAUGACAUUUCCUUGAUGAAAAUCUAAAUUAGAUCCUAUAUUAGAAUUCAAUGCUAAACUCUUAAUUGAAAAAAUGAUAAAAUUAAUUGGAGAAUUCAUUUAUUU